AUGCUAGCAAAAUCAUUCAUGCUUGCAAUGCCAUUUUUGUUGUGGGUGCAUGAGGCACGAGCCUCUCUAGCGAAGCCAGGUUGCCAGGAGAGAUGUGGUAACAUAACUGUCCCAUAUCCAUAUGGCAUGGGGACCGGUUGUUUCUUGAACACAUCAUUUGAAGUCUCGUGCAAUGAAUCAUCACCAUAUGUUUCUCCUCUUCGAUUUGUAAAUAAUGAUAAAUUCCUAAUUUCAGAAAUCUCCAUGGAGUCCAUACGUAUAGUUGGUAAGGUACCUUUCGGAUGUAUUAAUGAAUCUGCAACCAAAGCAGGUGCUAAAAAAUUUCAACUGGAUCCACACUUUAGAUAUUCACAUACAAAAAAUGUCUAUAUAGCAGUGGGGUGUAACAUAUCUGCUAUUUUUCAAUCAUUAAGUCCCUCACAUUUCAGAGAAGCUAGAUGCGCUUCUUGCUGUAUCACACCCCCACCUACCAUAAGUGGAUUUUUCGCUUGUAAUGGCUCAAAUGGUUGCUGCCAAAGUAGCAUCCCAGUGGAAACCAAUGCAUAUAAGGCUGUAAUUUCCAAUCAUGGCCCCAAGACCCCAUGCAGUCGUGUAUUCAUUGCUGAAAAGAACUUUUCUCUAGAAAAAUCGAUGUUUGGCUAUACACUAACUUCAUACCAGUUUCCUGUGGUCUUAAAUUGGGUUAUAACAUUAACCAGUUGCCACCGUGCUCAACUAAGAGGAAGCUGUUUGUGUGGCAAGAACAGUGACUGCAUCGACUCAGCCAAAGGUCUGGGACAUAACUGCCGCUGCAAGAAUGGUUACAGCGGGAACCCUUACCUUCACAUUGGAUGCCAAGAUAUCAACGAAUGUCUUUGCCCAAACAACUAUCCUUGUAGAGAGGAUCAGAUUUGCAUUAAUACACCUGGGAGCUACACGUGCACUUCCUCACAUAGACACAUUUUAAUCAUCUCAGUUAUUAUUGCAUCUGUGAUUGGAAUUUUUUCCUUUGGUGCUAUUGGUCACUACGCAUAUAAGGAACUUGGCAGAAGAAAGGAAAAUAAGAUCAAGCAGGAGUUCUUCAAAAGGAAUGGUGGAUAUCUAUUAAAGCAGCAUAUCUCUGCUGAUAAAUCACAUGUAAUGAAAAUAAAAGUUUAUGCUGCCAAAGAGAUAGAGAAGGCUACGGAGGGUUUUAGUCAAAGACGGUUGCUUGGCAAGGGAGGACAGGGUACAGUGUAUAAGGGUUUCUUGACAGAUGGAACCAUUGUAGCCAUAAAGAGGUCAAACGUAGUAGACGAAGAUCAGGUAGAACGAUUUGUUAAUGAAGUUUUCAUUCUUUCACAGAUAAACCAUAGGAAUAUAGUUAAACUGUUAGGUUGUUGCUUGGAGUCUGAAGUCCCAUUAUUGGUAUAUGAGUAUUUAUCCAAUGGCACCCUCUCACAACAUCUUCAUGACGGGGAAGAAGUUUCCAAAUUUUCAUGGAAAGAUCGUAUACGAGUGGCUAGGGAUGUUGCAGGCGCACUAGCGUAUUUGCACUCAUAUGCAUCCCCAGCCAUAUUCCAUAGGGAUGUUAAGCCACAUAACAUCUUAUUGGAUGAGAACUACAGAGCUGUAGUCUCUGACUUUGGACUUUCAAGGUCCAUACCUCUCAGCAGAACUCAUCUAACUACAAAAAUUGAAGGCACAUUUGGAUAUUUGGAUCCAGAGUAUUUCCGGUCGGGGCAACUUACUGAAAAAAGUGAUGUUUAUGCCUUUGGUGUAGUGCUUAUGGAGCUCUUAACCCGAAGAACAGUUGUGUCUUCAACAAAUUGUGGUGAAGGUCUGGUUUCACAUUUCCAGUUCUUAGUCAAGCAGAAACGUGUGCUUGAAAUUUUAGACCAGCAAGUUCUAGAUGAAGCUCUGAUGGAUGAUAUAUUUCAGAUCACUAAGCUUGUUAAGACAUGUAUGAGAAAGAAUGUGAAGGAAAGACAAAGCAUGAAAGAGGUGGUUAUGGGUUUAGACAAAUUAAAAGUAGUACAACUUGAACUUCCGAGUUAGGGUUUAUAAUUGUACAUAUGAA